CAACCGUAGAAAUUGCCUGCCCCCCUGGGUAGCAUAGGCUAGCUACGAUCGAUCGAUCGCUCGACGAGCUAUUCUUGCUCGACAACCGUAGAAAUUACCUCCUCGUAUUCUUGCCGAUCGAUCGCUCGACGAGCUAGCUAUCUAUCUCUGCGUCGUGGUUCGGAGAGAGCUAUGUCGAUGGGGUCGGUGAAGGAGGGGAGCCUGAAGCUGAGCGGCCACCACGUGGUGCCGUUCUUCCUCGGGGCAGCUCUGCCCACGAUCCUCCUCUUCGUCUUGGCCUCCGACCGGGUGGGCGAGCAGCUGUCCAGCGUCUCCGGCAGCUGGCUGGGGAACAGCAACGGCGGGACCCCAGGGACGGCUCCGGCACCACAGCAACAUGAGGCGGAGAGAUUCCCGGGCCUGGCCCAGCUGCUGCCGAAGGUGUGCACGGAGGACCGGACGGUGAUCAUCACGUCGGUGAACGAGGCGUGGGCGCGGCCGGGCUCCCUCCUGGACCUCUACCUCGAGAGCUUCAAGAACGGCGAGGACACCGCGCACCUCCUCGACCACCUGCUCGUGGUCGCCCUCGACCCGGCCGGCUUCCGCCGGUGCGCCGCCGUGCACCCGCACUGCUACCUCCUCGAGGUGACCACCGUGAACCUCACCUCCGCCGCCCGGUUCAUGUCCAAGCAGUACCUCGAGCUGGUGUGGACCAAGCUGGAGCUCCAGCAGCGCGUCCUCGAGCUCGGCUACAACUUCCUCUUCACCGACGCCGACAUGAUCGUGCUCCGGAACCCGUUCCGGCGGAUCCCGGUGUACGCGGACAUGAGCGUGUCCUCCGACGACUACUCGGCGGCGCGGGCGCGCCCGCUGGACAACCCGCUCAACACGGGGCUCUACUACGUGAAGGCGACGAGCCGGGGCGUGCGCAUGCUCAAGUACUGGCGGGCGGCGCGGGCGAGGUUCCCCGGCGCGCACGACCAGUCGGUGUUCGGCAACAUCAAGCGCGAGCUCGUCCAGAAGCUGGGGGUCACCAUCGAGCCCCUGGACACGGUCUACUUCGGCGGGUUCUGCGAGUACCACGACGACCUCGCCAGCGCCUGCACCAUGCACGCCGACUGCUGCGUCGGCGUGGACAACAAGGUGCACGACCUCAGGGACGUGGUCGCCGACUGGAGGAGGUACCGGGGCAUGGCGCCGGAGGAGAGGAAGAGGGACGGCCGGAAUAUGACAUGGACGGUGCCCGCCCGGUGCCGGAGGUCCGUGAACUGGCGCAAACCCGUGCACCCCUGAUGGCAGCUGCAGAUCGAUUGAUAACUGAUAUACUAUGGUCUGUUGACGGCAUUGCCCAGGAUUUGUGCACACGUACUGAAUAAAUUGUUGAAAAAAAAUACUCAAUCAAGAUGUUUAUUUAGGCCCGGAUGCAGCUGGUGUUUUCUGAAUGUAAAGCUCUUGUUGCAAGCUUAACAAAGGUGGA